UGUAAAACACAAACAACAAGACGACCGAGCGAGACAGAAUAACUCAUUGCGACCGCUGCAGAUACAGGGGGGAAAUAGACAAACAAUUCGGCAUCGAGCUCACACAAGACAAGUGUUGAAAACAGAGACACACCAGUAGUUCAGACCGUCGGUGCAGAACGAGUGAGUUCUUUAAAGAAGAUCCAACUCUGGAGAAAACAGUGGCUGGCUAGUUUAGCCUAGCUGGCCAGCAGGCUCGCAGAAAAGGUGUGAGGAGUUGGGAGCUGAAUGCUUGCCUAUGAAACAAUAACUCACAAAAAUUCAGAAUAGAAGUAAAAGAGAUCAAGAAUUGAGAGAAGAGUUGCCCAGCAAUAGUUACGGCAUUACAAACUGCCCUGAAAGUUUUUCAAACAGCAGUUGCUGUUAUUUAUGCUGCCACAAAUUCUUAAUCAUAGUGUGUUUUUUUCCCUCUAUUUCUCUCUAAAGUGUUUUCAAAUUGCUGAAUCUUUUUUUUUUUUAAAGAUCUGAAGUUACUGGCACGUUACGGUGUUGUGCCAUCUUUUGGAGCUCUUAUAUCUGGCUAGAUAUUCAUCAGCCGUUAUCUCUGUGAAACUGGCAGCUAUUAUAAUAUUCAUACAGAGUUUAGAAUUACUAAGUCCACCUCAGUAUACAGAACCACCGUACCGGUUCUGUGACAGAACCACCUCAUUCCUGUCCCGUGUUGAUACUGGUCCUUUACAGUCCUGUUCUUUGGACAAGAAACCCUGAGCCCUCUGGACAUACAGAAUAUGACUGCUGAGACACUUAACUUCGGUCCAGAAUGGCUCCGUGCACUAUCCAGAGGGGGGAGUGUGACGUCCCCUCCCCCUUCCCCUGCAAUGCCAAAGUCCAAGUUGGCCGACUACCGCUAUGGCCGCGAGGAGAUGUUAGCACUUUAUGUCAAAGAUAACAAGAUCCCUGAGGACAUGCAGGAUAAGGAAUUUGCUGCUGUCCUGCAGGAAGAGCCUCAGCAGCCGUUGGCCUUGGUGCCCCUGACUGAGGAGGAGCAGAGAAACUUCUCCAUGUCUGUGAACAGUGUGGCUGUGCUAAGGCUUAUGGGUAAAGGAGGUGGAACUGUACCAGCAGGUGUAGCUAGAGGGCGUGGAAGCACUCGAGGUGGUCGAGGGAGAGGCAGAGGAGAGGGUGGAUUCUACCAAAGAAGUGUGGAUGAAGAGGUCGGUUUUGGCCGAGGACGAGAGAUGCACCGCAGUCAGAGCUGGGAUGACAGAGGUGAGCGGCGCUUUGAAAAGCCAUUGAGGCGUGAUGGUGGGCGUGGUGGUUUUGAGGAGGGCGGAGCAGGAGGAAGGAAGGACUAUGCACGCUCAGACAGUGAUAACUGGCGUAUACUCAGAGAAGAGCAGGAGGACGAUGAUGGAGCAGAACCUGGGGGAAGCUGGAGGAUUGCUGGAGGUCGUCGUGAUGAUGGGGGUCCUCGUUCAGCAGGUUGGCGGGAUCACAGCAGUGGGGAUGGCCGUCGUAGGAAGUUUGACUUUGACUUCCGAGAUGGAGAAGGUGGACGGAGAAGGGCUGGAAGUGAGGGAGGAGAGGACGAACGAGAUGGCCUGCCUGAGUGGUGCACCGAUGAAGAAGAAGGGGAAAUGGGAACCUUUGAUUCUUCUGGAGCCUUCAUGUGCAUCAAGAAAAGCUCCAGAGAUGCAAUCCCUGAAGACCAGGAACUGGAAUUUGAGGCUCUGGAGGAGGAAGAGGAGGGUGGUCAGGAGAAGAAGGACAGCCCUGCUGAUAAAUCGGAAGCAUGUGAGGCAAUAACUGUGUGUGAUGGCGAUAGAAAGUCAUCAUCUCCUCAUGCUGUGUCUGCUCCUGCCCCUGUGCACCCUGUUGCAGAGGAAGAGACUCCCAAACCCAUAGUCACUCCUCCCUCAAAACCUGCACCCCAACCAGCUGAAGAUGCACCUCCAGCAGGUAGCACCACACCACAGACGCAGAGCUCCUCUCCUCUCUCAACCACUGGCACUGACCUUCCAACAGUAGGGGGAGACACAGAAGAGGAAGAUGGCAUGAAGCACCUUCAGCAGGAGGCUGAGAAGAUGGUGGCGUCCUUGCAAGACACAUCCCUUGAAGAGGAAUGUUUCACUCAAGCGCUUCAGGAGAGCCACAUCACUGCGGCACACACUCACACACACCCGAAUGCACACACACACUCUCACUCAACCCCACACACUCUCCCGCACUCCAGCGCCAGUGCUCUGCCCCUGUCCCACGAAUCAGCAAUGAAGUGGUUCUAUAAAGACCCUCAAGGGGAGAUUCAAGGUCCAUUCACUACAGUGGAGAUGUGUGAGUGGUUUCAGGCGGGGUAUUUCACCAUGAACCUACUGGUCAAACGUGGCUGUGAUGAGGGAUUUCAGCCCCUGGGUGAAGUCAUCAAGAUGUGGGGGCGUGUGCCUUUCUCUCCCGGCCCCUCCCCUCCUCCACUUCUGGGGAACAUGGACCAGGAGCUAUUGAAGAAACAGUUAGAACAAGCUGCCACUGCAGCCCUGUACCAACAACUUCAGAUGAGAUUUCAGCACAUGAACAGGUGUGGGGAGACUGGGAUGAUGCCUGCGAUGAACAGGUCCAUGUCAGUGCCAGACACCGGGCCCAUGUGGGACAUGCCUACCUCAGUCUCUCAGCAGUCAGGCAGCGAGACCAGUCUGUGGGACUUAACCAUGAGUAACUCCACUCAGGGUCCAACUCUUGAACAUUUGCAGAAAAUCCAGCAGGAGAGGCGUGAAGCUGAACUCAGGGUGAAGCGUGAAGAAGAGGAGAGGAAACGGAGGGAGGAAAAGCGCCGGCAGCAGGAGGAACAGAAGAGGAGAGAGGAGGAGGAGCUUUAUAGACGAAAACAGCAGUGCCGUCAGCAGCAGGAAUUGAUCAUGAAGUUUCUGCAGCAGAGCCAGCAGCAGCAGAGCAUGCCAGGGGGCGCAGGGUGGAGCGGAAGCCAGGCAGGAGCUCUGUCUCUGGGCAAAGCUACCGGAAAGAGCAUGGGACUCCUGGAGCUGGAGGCAGAGAGACUUCACAAACAGCAGCAGAGAGCUCAGCAGCAGCAAAGGCAUGGAGGUUUGACAAUGGGCCAGUGGAGUGAUGGGCCAUCUGGGAUGUGGUCUGGAGCUGGCAUGGAAGGGAAGGUCGGCGGUGGCAACCCUGCAAUGGGCAUGUGGGAUGAGGCCAUGAAGAACCAGGCCAGCCAUCGCAACAUUGGCCUGAAGAACAGCCGCAGCAGUCCCUCUCUCAGUGAACAGUACCUGCUGAAUCGGCGUAAGCGUACUGACGAUGAGGAGAGACUUCUGAAGCUUUUUCAGGGGAUGAAACCUCAGGACGGUUUCACCACUUGGUGUGAACAGAUGCUCCAUGCUCUCAACACCUCUGCAAAUAACUCCUCUUCACUGGAUGUGUCCACCAUUGUGGCAUAUCUGAAGGAGGUGGAGUCUCCAUAUGAAGUUCAUGAUUUUAUCCGCAUUUAUCUGGGCGAUACCAUUGAAGCCAAAGAGUUUGCCAAGCAGUUCCUGGAGCGCCGUGCCAAACAGAAAGCAAACCACCAGAGACAACAGCAACAGCUGUCCAAGGAAGUCUCUGGAUUGAACAUGAACUUCCCCCUGCAGUCAAUGUUCCAGGCAGCUCAUAUGAGUAAGGGCGGCAGUGUGUAUGACACUCAGGGAGGAAAAGCGAAGAAAAAGCCUAGCAUGAUGCUCCAUUCUGACCCCAGUAUCCUCGGCUACUCAUUCCUUGGGGGAGGUGAGCUGGAGCAGGUGGAGGAUUACUGACCCAGCCUGUCUACUUGAGUUUACCUGAGGCCUUAAACCUGGAGCAAAUCAGCAGAGGAAUGUGCACUGCUCAGUGAGGGAAGGGGCGGGCAAUAUUUGUCCACACCCCCUAUCUCUUUCUCCCUCUUUCUCUCACUCGGCACUGUGAGAGGAGCAGAAGGAGGUUAUUGGGAGGUUCGGUGUAAAGAGGAGAUCCUCUUCUGCCUCCCUUCAGUAAAGCACCUUACCUAAACCAUUGCACUUUAAUGUUUUCAUAUUUGAAAUGGAGUUGUCUUUUUUUUUUACAAUGCAAAAAUGUGUGAAUAUAUUGUUGCAUAUGUUAUGUGUAGAAUAUUUGUAUGAAUAUACAUACGAGAAGUAGGAAUGGAGCGGUUUCCACCGUAUCAAACGUUGAGGUUGAGAAACAUUGUUGGGGAGAUAUAAGUUCAGCAUCUCUCAUAAAAGACAAACACUGUUGUAUUUUUAUGUUCAUGGUAAAGCUAUAAAAAUAUGAAUUUGAAAACUUGAA